AUGAGAUUUUACACUGCUGAAGAUUUGGAGGAGGAGAGAAGAAAAGGCAUCUCCACUAAUCUGAGUCUAUCCUAUCGUUAUAAUACGAAGAGGCUGAAAGAAAGUGAUCUUGGAAAUUUAAGUAGGCUUUUGGUUCCAUCUAACUUGGUAAAGAAAGAUGUUUUGCCUCUUCUGAGUAGUGAUUUAGUAAAUGGGAUUAAGAGUAAAAGGGGCGCUCCUGCUGUUUUCUGGGACGUCGAUACUGAAACAACACAUAAUCUGGUUUUCAAGAAAUGGGAUAGUUCAGGAAGUUACGUCUUCAUUGGUGGUUGGACUACUGAGUUUGUUCAGAGGAGGAGCUUAAAGGAAGGAGAUGAGAUUAGGAUAUAUUGGGAUGUUCCGAAUUCAAGGUUCAACUUUUCUGUCAUCUAUGGUGCCCGAUAA